UUCUAUAAAAUUACCUUUAUAAUGUGAUCAUUAAAAUGUCACUAAGGAGUCAAAAUUAUUGUAAUUUUAACAGAAGUUUGAAUCGAAAACAAGCAAAAUCCUAAUCUGAAGAAAUGCAGUCAAAAUUGCCAGUUAGAAUAAAAAGAAAACAAGUUCCUGAAGAAAAAGGAAAGUGUUGUUGCGCGCAACUUUUACAAUUUAUGCUAGACAUUUCCAGUCAUGAAUUUAGCGAUGAAAAAGUUUCAGGCAGCUGCAAAUCAAAGCGGUUUUCGGCUAACAAGCAAUGUUUUGCAAGAAGCACACAGACGGACAAUUACGAUUCUAACAAAUACCCAUAUUUGGAAAUUAAAAGUAUCCUGAUUUCCAUAAAUGGAUCUUUAGAACAGAUUUUGUAUGCACUGCAGGACAAAAAAGAGUUAUUGUACAAUAAACUGUAUGAGAAAUCAUGUAUGCAGGGCAAAAACAUUAAAAAUUCUUACAGUAAAAUUAGGACAGAAAAAAUUAAAAAAAGAGCUAUGAUUAGCAAAAACUAUAAUGCCAGUCUUGAGAUACCAAGACUUUACUAUGGAUAUCCUCUUUGGUUUAAGCAGUACAUGGAAAGAUCUGCAUAUCACUUAUCUCCAAGUGCAAGCAAUCUCAUAAUUUGCCCAAAAUUGUGCAAUAGACCCUCUUCGUGUUCUGACAUAAACUACUUUCAGACAAUGGGUAGAAUAUUGCAUAGAACAUCAAUGGGGAUGUCUAUUUCUCCACAUCCCAUAUUCACGUUAAUUGGAAGAGGGGAUUUUCAACCCAAAGAGGAUAACGAUAUUGAUGAUUUUGAUCAAGAACAGUCUCGUACCCAAGAAGAAAACAGUCCGUAACCAAGUCGCAUUAGUUAAUUAAUUAACUAUUAACUAAUGGUGCCCUGUUAUGCGAAUACAGAUGUCCCGUGUUAAGUGCCAUUUAAUUUAGUGGACUGUUUAUACACAAUAAAAUCAUUCAUCUUGGCUACUGAUAAUUUAAAA